CAUGGUACCAAGUGACGUGUCCCCCCUGUGAGAUUUGCGGCCCCCAACCUCCUGAGAAGAUGUCAGGGAUGCAGGCUGUUUGGCCGUCCGGUACAGAAUGUAUCGCCAAGUACAACUUCCACGGUACCGCCGAGCAGGACCUGCCCUUCAGCAAAGGAGACGUCCUCACCAUUGUCGCUGUCACCAAGGAUCCCAAUUGGUACAAGGCGAAGAACAAGGUGGGCCGGGAGGGCAUCAUCCCCGCUAACUAUGUGCAGAAGCGGGAAGGAGUGAAAGCUGGGAUCAAGCUCAGCCUCAUGCCGUGGUUUCACGGGAAGAUCACGCGGGAGCAGGCGGAGCGGCUGCUGUACCCACCCGAGACGGGGCUUUUCCUGGUGCGGGAGAGCACCAACUACCCUGGGGACUACACCCUGUGCGUCAGCUGCGAGGGGAAGGUGGAGCACUACCGCAUCAUUUACUCCUCCAGCAAGCUGAGCAUUGACGAGGAGGUCUACUUCGAAAACCUCAUGCAGCUGGUGGAGCAUUACACCACGGACGCGGACGGGCUCUGCACCCGCCUCAUCAAACCGAAGGUGAUGGAGGGGACGGUGGCAGCGCAGGACGAGUUCUCCCGCAGCGGCUGGGCCCUCAACAUGAAGGACCUCAAGUUGCUGCAGAUCAUUGGCAAAGGGGAGUUUGGAGACGUGAUGCUGGGAGAUUACCGGGGGAACAAAGUCGCCGUGAAGUGCAUUAAAAACGAUGCCACAGCGCAGGCCUUUCUGGCGGAGGCGUCCGUGAUGACGCAGCUCCGACACAGCAACCUGGUGCAGCUCCUGGGGGUGAUUGUGGAGGAGAAGAGCGGCCUUUACAUCGUCACCGAGUACAUGGCCAAGGGCAGCCUAGUAGACUACCUGCGGUCACGUGGGCGGUCGGUCCUCGGUGCAGACUGUCUCCUGAAGUUCUCCUUAGAUGUCUGUGAAGCCAUGGAGUACCUGGAAGCCAACAACUUUGUCCACCGGGACCUGGCGGCGAGGAACGUCCUGGUCUCGGAGGACAACAUCGCAAAGGUCAGCGAUUUUGGGCUGACCAAGGAAGCCUCCUCCACGCAGGACACGGGGAAGCUGCCGGUGAAGUGGACGGCACCAGAAGCACUUAGAGAAAAGAAAUUCUCCACCAAGUCAGAUGUGUGGAGCUUCGGGAUCCUCCUCUGGGAAAUCUACUCCUUCGGGCGAGUGCCUUAUCCGAGAAUCCCCGUGGUCCCCCGCGUGAAGAAGGGCUAUAAGAUGGAUGCCCCCGACGGCUGCCCCGCCGUCGUCUACGAGGUGAUGAAGAAGUGCUGGACCCUGGACCCCGGCCACCGGCCGUCCUUCCACCAGCUCCGCGAACAGCUAGUGCAUAUCAAAGAGAAGGAGCUCUACCUGUGA